AUGAACUCAGUGGAACGCUUAAUUUACUAUAGUGAAAAAUUGGAAGUAGAAGCCAAGAAUAUAAUACCGGACAAUAGACCACCACCUGGGUGGCCGUCCCGUGGAGAAAUUCAUAUUAAAAAUUUGAAAAUUAAAUAUGGAUCUGAUAGUCCUCUAGUUUUGAAAGGCAUUUCAAUAGAUAUCAUGGCUGCUGAAAAGAUUGGAAUUGUUGGUCGAACUGGUAAAUUUAGACUCAUUGAAGCAACUUCUGGGAGUAUUGUAAUUGACGAUAUUGAUAUUAGCACUAUUGGAUUAAGAGACCUUAGAAGUAAUAUUACUAUCAUACCUCAAGACCCUGUACUAUUUAAUGGUACUAUAAGCGAUUUCGAUUUAUGGAACGCGCUUCGUCAUGUACACUUAAUUGACAAUUCCAACCAUACUUUUGAAAAUAAAAAAUCAGAAGCCAACCUUUCUAUUUCAGACCAGAAUAAUGACAAUCAAGAACCAUUAAUGCUUGACACACCUGUCAAAGAACAUGGAUCAAAUUUUUCCCAAGGUCAGCAACAACUGAUUGCAAUAGCCAGAGCACUAGUUCGUCAUUCCAAAUUGAUAAUAAUGGAUGAAGCUACUGCCAGUGUAGAUUUUAAAACUGAUCAUCUAAUACAAGCUACAAUUAGGGAGGAAUUUGAGGAUCGUACUGUUAUCACUAUUGCGCAUAGGUUGCGAACUGUUGCAGACUACGAUAGAAUUCUGGUUAUGGAUGCUGGAAAUAUAAUUGAAUUCGAUAUUCCAUAUCUACUGAUGCAAAAGUCUGACGGGUUGUUUAAAAAAAUGUGCGAAAAAAGUGGGGAAUUUGUAGAAUUAAUGGAAAUUGCUAAGCAGAAAUAUGAGAAAAUGUCGGCGAUACGGAGUUACAUAGCUUUGCCGCGAAAGAAUUUGUAA